CAGCACUCGGUCAUCUCAUUUGGGUCCACCUACUCUCCACAGCAGUCAUGCAACCAAGACCCGACCGUCGUACCGACCCUUUCGGUCCGGGUGCAGAGGCCUUUGACAAUCAUGGACCCCCUGAUGAGAUCGAUGGUCUGGAUUGGAACGACCCCGCUGCUUUCUUCAAAGCCAUCGGUGCGGGCGGACCCGGUGCUCUCCCCCUCCCAGAUAUUCGAUCCAAGGAGGACGUUCGUCGAGAGGCCACAACCUGGUCAGACAGUAUCUUUACCUCCUACGAGACCCUCAACGCUAUCUUACAACGUCAUGAGGCCACAAUUCAGAAGCGAUGGUUGAAGAAGACUCGCACACAACGGCUCAAGGUCUUGCUGACUGCUUGGCCCAAUAUGGCGGCCACCCAUCGCCCAGACUUCGAUGCUUUCCGCAAGGAGUCGGAGUUCGAGCGUGAAAAAGGGACCAGAUACCGGGAUUGCUUCAUGUGGCCCUAUAUCAAUCAAGAGGAUCUCCUAACCACCAAGACCCUACCCCUGUUACUGAAUGCCAGAGGCCACCACCCGCCUUCGCACUUUGCUGCCGAUGAUAUCGAUGCCAUGCAUUUGGGCCUGGUAAGCAAAGCAAUUGUGCCUAUCUUUCUGAACGAACAUGUGCUCAUGCUGAAUGGCAUGACUGAAAACACCCGCGAGUAUGGUCAGCUCGUGGCCUGGGAGGAUCACCCAGACGCCUUCGACUGGAUGCAUAAACAGCAACAAUUUCAUCCUGGGGAGGGGCUAGUCGUCAUGGAAGCACAGGCGCGACUUUUGACCUUUCUUGUUCAGUGUUCGCGGGAGAUUCUUCGUGACAUUCCAGAAUCUAGUCUGACCAGUGAUUCUUUCCCUAUCCUUCCAGAGCCGCAACUGAAACCCGAAAGCGAGAUCAGCGGCUUUGAAUCGCUGGGUGUGAUGGCUGCAGAAGCUCCAUAUCGCGUUCCGGCGCAGCUUGAUCUCAGUCGCAUUGCGUCGUUGCUCGCCGCAAGGGCGUCCGCUGCCGAGGACCACUUGUGGGCAUUGCGGGAGGAUCUUGAUUAUUUCGCCAAGACGCUGCUCGAAGCCAAGGAGCACCGUCAAGAGAUGCUGAAGGAUCUCCACGGCAAGAAUCACCCGGUCUUGAGCUCUAGUCGGCAAGGGAUCCUGUGGGGGCGCAUCAUUGGGUCUGUGGUCUCCGAUGCAUACCUCACGCUGGAGAUGUUCUCCGAGCUCAGUACCCAAGCCAAAGAAUUAGUGUCGUUGCAAAAGAAGUACGCUGACGACAUCUCGCCGUCGGAGGAUUUGCCCGAGAAGUAUCUGGAGGCCUUGCUCCGAUUCCGCCAUUACCUCAACCAAGCGGCCAAGGGACCACUCUCGAAGCUUAAGAUGACAGUUGUGGCAGCCCCGCCGAUACGACAGCACUUUGCUCGCGAGCCACCCCCUGACACCCACACGACAAAGAUGACAGUAGUCGAACGGCCUGGCUCGAAGAUGAACAGCGUGGAAAGGCAAUUAAUCUCGCUGCUUCGCACCCUGUGGGAGGACGGCCAUGAGUUGUUCUUGGCGGGUCUGUCUUUGACCGUAGACGAGCUGGAGCGACUGAUUCAAUCCCAGUCCGCUGCCCAGGAACUGCUUUCUUCGUAUGUCGCUGGGGUGAUCGGUGACCUUGCCAUCAUCUCCCAGUGCUUGAACCAGUUGAGCCUCUAUCACCCAUGGGCCAGAAGCUGGGAAUCCGAGCUCGUUGGUCGCGAAGAUAAAUUGAAGCAGGGUUAUGCGGAACGGACUCAGUCGUGGGCCCGGAUUCUCGCCGCGCUCAAUGUGGCCCUUCCCACGAAUAACAACUCGAGUCGAGCGGCUAAUCUCGGCGACCCAUCCGAUGGCAAAUUCAAGUAUCCCAUCGAAAAGCGUCGCACUAAAGAGAACGUUGAGAUACUGCGGAGGGCAGAAAGUCAUCUAGACGCGUUCUGGGCGGCCAUUGACCAAGUCAUGGUCGCCAAAGCGGGUGACUUGCAGGGCACGGCGGUUCGGAACCUCCUCUCCCAGUCCCGCAUCCUACAGCGAACGACAGAGUGGAUCGAGCAGGAAAAGCCACAGGCGGCCAUAAUUUCUCAGGAUAAGCUCGGCGAAAUCAAUCUUUACACCUUGAAUCAGCCCUUGUCCCAAGUCUACUCUGGCCUUUCGGCUAGAACACUGGACACCGUACAGCCCAAGGCCAAGGUGAAAACCCGCGGAACGCCGCGACCUGGUCCCGCUCACGUCGAUGAAGCUGAAGCGCUACUGCGGCCUAAUCCUGCUGACCAGCAGCCUAUCUUCACUGUGGAUGCGCGUGCCUUCAAGGUCUUCCGGACCAUUUUCUUCAACCCGGCACUCACAUCCACGCCGGGCGAAGUACCGUGGAAUGACUUUCUGCAUGCAAUGACUUCGGUCGGCUUUACGGUCAUGAAGCUCUACGGCUCGGUGUGGCAAUUCCAGCCAACCAAGUUGGAUGUUGAGAGGAGCAUUCAAUUCCACGAACCCCAUCCGCGGGGCAAGUUACCGUUUACAACUGCCCGGCGGUACGGUCGUAGGCUGCAUCGGGCCUACGGUUGGUUUGGGGGGAUGUUCGUCCUCGACAAGAAGCCGGAUAACCCUGAUCACUCUGCGAUCAUGUGAUGUUCAAGCCCGCGAAGAGGUGAUUGAUAGUGGUCCUUUCCAGACCUAGGCAGGAGUCCUUAUAAAAUACCUGAGCUAGGAUGUAGUCACAGAUUGUGAAUCAUGUGGAUUGAUAUGAAAAAU